AUGAUCGACGCCCACAGCGUGAUCCCAUGGUUUUGGGCGGAGACAGCCAAGAUUGAAGAGGACCUGGACUUGCGCCACGACAAGUUUUCGUUUUGGCCCGCCCGGAUUGCCAAAGCGGGGCAGGCCCUGCUUUCCCGCUUUGGGCUUUCGCGGCCUCCAUCACCGUGGAGUCCGAUCAUCACGGUAUUCGACCUUCCGGAUCCCGGCAACACGUGGAAUGGGCAGCAGAUCAAGAGAUAUCGGUCCCUAGCACGACAAGGGCCGCGGCAGUUCAACAACGUCACCUUAGCGUCCGGGCCAUCGCAUGUUUGGUGGGUCGAGAGACUGUCGAACUAUGCCUGGGCAAGUUCAGGGCUGCGGUUGCCAUCUGCACGGGCCUGUUGA